AUGACUGAAAUAAAUGAUGAAAGCAGUUCUUCUUUGAUAACAGUGGAAGAAAAUGAAGCUGAGACUGUUCCUUAUGAUACUUUUGUUGAAAAUGAAGCUUUAAAUAUUGAUACUAGUUUUGAAGAUAAUCUAAUUUAUU